AUGUUUGUUUCACAGGAAAAGCGAGGCUUCUCAGGCAGUCAUGGAGGCAGAGAAAGCUACAGCAGUGGUGAUGGACUAUAUGUGGUUAUUUCCAGUGGGGACAACCAUAAGCAGUCUUCUGCCUCGGCAGCAGCUGCACAUGCUGCUGCUCAAGCAACUGCUGCAGAGGCAAGUCUGGUGAGUAUUGCUCAGGCAGCAGCAGCCACUGCUGCUAGUCAGGCAGCUGCCACUGCAUCUUCUGCAGCCCAGACAGCUUUGGCAGCAGCUGCUCAACAAGAGGCUCAGGUCGCUCAACUUACCCUAGCACUACAAAAUGCACAGUCAGCUCUCUUCUCUGAGUCUUCUUUGGCUGCUCAAACAAAUACUGCUUUUAGCUCUGCCAGAGCUACUUACAGCCUGGCCUUGUCAAUAGCAAAACAACUAGCAGAAGCUAAGACAGCAGCAAGUGUUGUAGUGGCACAAGCAUUGCAGGUGUUGCAGGUGUUACGAAAAGUCCAGUCUGUUCAGGAUGCUAAUGCUUGGCAAGCAUCUCAUAUGGCCAGUAUGUUAAACCAGAUGCAGUAUCUUGUAGUCCAUAAGCUCAAUUCUGCAUUGUUAGCAUCAUCGCAGGCGCAAACUGCUGCAAGCACAGCGUUAAUGUCAAAGGCAGAGGGCACUUCUGGAGGAUACGGUAGCAGAAAGGGAUCUGAUGAUUACUCUUAUAAGGAUAUGAUCAGUUACGAAAGCAUUCCAAAAGUAAAAAGCUAUCAUGGAGAUGAUCAAAGUAAGCAAAUUACUUGUGCAGCCCAUGAUGAACAAACAAGAUACGAUCAGAUUAAACAGACUAGUUGUGGAGGACAUACUGGACACAGGCGCUACAGUGAUUAUGGAGAUGAAGACCAAAUUCAAAAUAGCUAUGGAGGAGGAAUCCCAACAAGAUAUGGCGAAGUGAUGCUAAGCAACUACAACGGGUAUGGCGGUAGCAAUAAUGGAAUGUACAGUGAAAUUCUUCCGGGUCCGCAGGCGAGGUAUGGAUCAAGUACAAAUAGUUACGAUGGAGGAAGCCAUGGAAAAUAUGCCGAAAAUCUUAGUGACCGCGGAGUCUAUAACAACAACAAAGAAAGUCGAGAUGGUUAUGGUGGAAACAAAAGCAUUCAAAUAAACUAUGAGAAUAACCAAAGUGGUUACGGAGGAGACCAGAGUAAGGGAGAUCAGUAUGGAGGAAUCCAAGGUAAUCAGCUGCCCUACGGUAGAGACCAACUUGUCAAAGGAAGGUACGGUGAUAAUAAGGGAAGUUAUAUUUGA